AUGCUGAGUAGCAUGUGUUCUUGGUUAGGAGACGUCAUCCUCAGCUAUUUCAUCGACGCCUUCUAUCAUCAGUCGCGUCGCCCGCCAUUGCUAUUGUUUUUCUCUCACCCACACCUUCCGUCAUCAGCCGCCAAACACGCGUUGCCCGCCCUCACUAUUGUUUCUAGCCAUUUGUUACCAGCCGCCACCAAACACGCGUCGCCCACCAUCCAAACAUGGGAUCUGGAACUGCGAGGCAUGCAUUCAAAGGAGCAGGGCAAGGUCAAAGUGGCUGGGGAGGAGGAUGUGGUAGACAACGAAUGA